AUGUUCGUCCAGGAGAUACAGGAACUGUGCAGCGCCUCGGAGAGCAACCCGAACGAAGAAGAGCAGCGACUCCGAGAGGAACAGCAACUCCGAGAACAAGCUGAGGAAGAACUGAAGUCCAGACUUAAGGAACAACAGUUCCCGAAUUUCUCGACGCGUGCCAUGUGCACUCUUGGUCUAGCCAUCCAGAAAGACAAAGACUCGUCCACAAAGGCGACCUUGAGAAUGCCGAUCGUGAACUCCACGCGGCCAAGUUUCGAGGGUGGACCAACUUUCCAAACGGACAGAUUUCAAUAUGGGAGGACCACAUGA